AAAGCAGGAAAACAUCUAAAACCUGCAGGGCGGUGUGAGGAUCAGGGCAACGCUGGUUUAAAGAGCCAUCUGCAACAGGUAAGAUGUUAACUGUUUAUAACUUUUAGGGCUACACUGCAGCAGCAGACAUAAAUAGUUGCAUUAAACCAGGAGGAAGUUUAGGAUUAGGAUUAUUUGGGUUGAAGGGCGUGACUUGUGUCCGUGGCUCCCCCCUCCUCUUCCUCAGCUCUCCCCUGUGUGUUUCAGCGCUCAGUCACACCUGAAGUGACGGAGUUGCGCGCGCGGCUGUGGGCGCACAGAGCUGCGACAGGAGGAGGAGAUGUGCGCACAUUACUGGGACAGGUUUUUUUCUUUCCCAAACAGGGAGUCGCGUUUCUAAACAUCUGUUUUAUUAUUCUAAGUGUUGUCCAUCCUGCGUGUCGUCAGAGCACCAUGCGAGCAGCGGAGACGCGCCCUGCGGUGCCAUGCUGAUGCCGAACAAGUCCCGGACUCUGCUGCUGGCUCUGACCGCGACGGCUGCGCUUCUCCUCCUCCUCCUCCCGCCGUCAUGCCGGGGCUGGAGCGACGAGGACCUCCUCCUGCCUCCCAUCAACUCCUCCACCCGGUUCCUGGCCAACCUGGAGGUGGACGUGCGCUUCUCCAAGAGGUCCGCGGAGGAGAGCGGCGACGCGUCGCCCGCGGACUCCGCCGCCGCGCCGCCGCCGCCCCUGCAGACCCUCAGCCCGGCUCCGAGCCAGCAGCAGUGCAACGUGAGCGUCCACAGACUGCAGCCCACCUCCCUGGUGGCCCGCUGGGACAGCGGCUUCGGCUUCCAGUGUGACGUGGUCCUCUACACCACCAACAACCACGGCAGGGCCUUCUUCUCCGCCGCCGUCAACCGUGCCAUCUCCCCCGUGGUCAUCGAGCACCUGGGGGUCACCGGGGGUCAGCAGGAGAUGAGGCUGUGCGUGGGCUGCGGGAUGUCCCGGUACCGCAGGUUCGGCCAGGGCCGCUCCAGGGGAGGGGGCCAGCAGCAGCAGCACAGCGGGGAUCAGGUCACCUUCUGCUGCGUGGACUUCAGCCUGGACGAGCUGCGGGGGGACAAAAGUUGGGGUCUGAACAGGAAGCCCAUCGAGUCGACCCUAGUGGCUUGUUUCAUGACUCUGGUCAUCAUCGUGUGGAGCGUUGCUGCUCUCAUAUGGCCGGUUCCGAUCAUUGCAGGGUUCCUGCCCAACGGGAUGGAGCAGAGGAGACCCAGAUAAGAGAACUGGAGCCUGAGCUGCCUCAAACCUCAAACUGGAGCCAUCAGCUGUUUGACUGGAUGAAGGAUGAAUGUUGUUCUCUAACCUUUAAAACUCCUCCUCUGAGGGACAACCGAGGUAAAGUAUGGAGGAUUGUUGGUCAUAAAAGCCCCAAUAUAAAGGCUUCACAACACUUUAUAAACAAUAAUAACAUAAUCAUGAAUUUAAAUGCAUUAACAAGACUUUAUAAAACACUUAUAUUAAAGCUGCUCAUUGCAAACUGAACCUAAGCAGGUUGAACAUCUCCAGCUGUCCAUACAAAGCCCUGAAAUGUGGGUCUGCGCUCAGCGUAAACGAAACACUUUAAUCUGCACUUUACUCGACAAAUCUAAAAGUUAUGUACUAAUACAUAUGUACCAGUACAUCAAAACKAUCAGAACAACAGUUUGUUGACAUURAGCUGUUUUCAGUCACUUCGGCUGUUUCCGUAGCUAAACAAACACCCGAGGGUUCACAUGUUUUUGCUAACACAUUUUGAGAAAAUAACUGUGCACUCUAAAAAUGAAAUGUUGGAUUUACUUAACCAUGUUAUGUUACCUGGUUCCACUUAA